AUGUCUGCUAUUGCUCGGCGCUUUCCUGGCAGCGGCGUCCUAGUCUAUUGUGCUCACUGCAAAAUGUUUAUUAAUUCUAACACUCGAAAUAAACAUAUGAAGGACUGGCGGCCCAACUUGGAUUCGGAUGACGAAGACUUGGGAAGAAACAAUGAUAUCAACAUAAAUGACAAUUCACCGCCGGGGGACUUGCAGACGGGAGAACAAGGAAAUGAGGACGCAAACAUGACAGGCGCGCCCGAUUCUCAGACUAAAAGUAAUGAUAACAAUAUUGCUCAUCAACUAGCGGGUCAGGAGUUUUGCAUGGAAGAAUAUCCACAGAUCAACGACACAAUUGGCUAUAAUACAUACAACCCCAAAGGCAAUACACUGGACGAUGAUGACCGUUCGGACUACUUGCGCGGCAGCUGGUACUGGGUCGCCACACCCCUCCCUUCUCCACCGUCGCCUCCACCCAAACAUGAGAGCGGUCUCUCAGAGCCCGACAAUGAUGGAUUCCAGAACGUUGACGCCAAGGACUAUCGGGAAUACGAACAAUGGUACGCGGAGGAUAACAUAUAUGAAGACUCAGAGAUGCUUGCCGAGACACUGACCGAUGAGGAGGUUGAUAGCAUCAUCAUGCUAGCGAUCCGACAGUUUGGAAGUGUUACACAGAACAACUAUGAACAAAUUCGAUAUUCUUACCGACAUAAGCUUCAACUCAUGAGUACCCAACGCUUGAGGACACGUAUCGCCGCUCUCUCUGGUGUUGAACCAGAGAACGUCGACUGCUGUCUCAACCCAGGUGAAAUGAAUGAUUUCUUUAAUUCAUCUUGGUACGAUAAACUAUUGCACACAAAUAUUGUCAUUGACGGCGACAACACUGGAGUGCCUCACUUCCCCGGCAAACACAACAUUGCACUUGCAAUCAUGACUGACGGCGUCCAGAUCUUCGACCAAGGUUCUACCAAGACUAACACGUGCUGGCCAAUCAUGGCCCAGAACCUUAACCUGCCGCCGGAGGAACAAGCUCAGAUGCGGAAUCUUAUUCCGUUAGGAGUUAUCCCUGGGCCAAACAAGCCCAAGGAUUUUGACUUGUUCCUCGUCCCUCUUGUGAACGAAUUUAUUGAGCUUGCCAAGGGUAUUGAGGUCUACAACACAAUGAACGGCAAAACUAUAACAUUGCGCGUUCAUCCGACGAUCAUCUCUGGCGAUAUGCAGGCAAUUAAAUACUUGAUGAAUUUCAAGGGUCCAAACGCUCAAGUGCCUUGUCUACUUCGUGGGCGGCUACCUCAAAAAUAUUACAGCCAUUACUUAAAAUUUGUUCAAAUUCUCAAGUGCCUACUCCAACUUGAGAAUACAACUAGACGGAUCAAGCAAUUGAAAGAAGAGGUUAUCGAAUAUGUUGAAGAGUUUGAGGAGUACUACUACCAGUAUGACUACAAUCGCCUCAGCGUGUGUCGGCUUACGCUCCACGCCCUGCUUCAUAUUGCCGAUGAUGUGCUCCGAUGUGGUCCGGUAUGGGUCGCUUGGUCUUUCUCGAUCGAACGCUACUGCCGCGAGAUCGUUGGCUGCGCGAAAUCUAAAGUCGUUCCUUAUGCAGCAAUUGAUCGACAUGUGCUCCAAAUGGCACAGCUCGCGGCUACGGCGUAUUGUUUUUCAGCAAUUUGCCGUGCAAUGCUUUUCGGAAAGUCCACCGCCCCAGUCAAGUCUACAGCUAUGGAGAAGAUAUAUAAAGAAUACCCCGAGACAAUCCUCCAAAAACCCCGCCUCCCCGGCUUCCCGCUCAGUGAUCGUGUCCGUCGUUGCAUCGCUGCAUAUUUCUAUACAAACAAGCCGGAGUGGACAUUCCACGCCUGGCUUGAUUUUGUUCCCACACAUGCCAAACGCUGGGGAAAACUCCGGAUUCCCGAUGGCGGCGACUACAUUCGAUGCGCCGCAGUAGUCGACCCACUCUCGCCAUAUGGUAGGCGUGACUCCUCAUUUAUUCGGUAUGAGUUCAAAAUGGACGCAAACAAGAACUAUCCUAAUCGCAACAUCGAGAUGGUCGAGGCCCGGAAAUUCAAGCUGGACGACCCGAAACUUCACAUCCUGGCGCAUUUAACCAAAGCCAAGGGAGCGGAAGGCAAUGCAAGGACGGAGCCAGUCUUGUUCACGCAGUUGGGACGAUCGGUUAUCCUCGACGUGUCUUCAGUUAAGCACGUCGUCGGGCAAGUUUAUACAACAGGCGUCAAGCGCUUGGGAGAAUGGUACAUAAUUGACCGUUCUUUGGGCGUUUGUGAAACUGCCUUUCGCCCGGCCGAACAAGUGUAUGAGGAUGAAGACUAA